UGUUUUUCAUUCGGCAAAUUUACAAAUUUACGAAUCGAAUUUAAUAAUAUAAUUUAUUACUGCCCUGUAAUUAACUUUUAUAUUUGUAAAAAUAUGGCCGAGGAAGUAGAAAAGUCUGCGGAGGAAAUAACUAAAAAUGGCGAGAAAGCGGAUGAAGAAGAAAACACCACUAAUGGUACAUCAAAACCCGCGGCGGUGCUUGUCGUUGCAGAGGAAGAAAACGAAGAUCCAAAAGAAGUGACUGACAAUCUAGUAGAAAUUGGGAAACUGGAUAAAAAUAUAAUACGUCAAGUUGAAUAUUACUUUGGUGACAACAAUUUAUCUCGUGACAAAUUUCUCAUUGAUCAAAUUUCUAAAGAUGAGGAAGGCUGGGUUCCGUUGAGUGUCCUACUGACUUUUAAACGUUUGACCGCUUUAUCAAAGGAUCCUGUUGUAAUCGCAAAUGCUAUGAUGAAGUCGGAUGAAGGAUUAGUCGAAGUGAGUGAAGACAAAACUCAACUUCGUCGUCAUCCCGAACGACCGAUACCAGAACGCAAUGAGGAACGUCGCAAAGAAUUAAUGACACGUACCGCAUACGUUAAGGGUUUUCCAGUGGAUUCGGAUAUGAACACUUUAAUAGAUUAUUUUAAUGCUUAUGAAAAGGUUGCACACAUAUACAUGCGUAAAUAUGUGGACAAACCAACCAAACAGUAUAAGUUCAAGGGGAGCGUUUUCGUUACUUUUGAGACGAAAGAACAAGCAGAAAAUUUUAUAGAAAAGGCUGAGGCUACAUACAAUAACAAUAAGUUAAUCUGCAAGUGGCAGGAAAAAUAUUUGGCCGAUAAGCGGGAAGAGCACAAAGCUAAAAAUAAAAAAAAGGAGAAAAAGGCUAUGGAGAAGGAAGAGAAGGGGGGCGAAAAAAUCGUAUUGCCAAAGGGAGCCAUAGUGUAUUUUGAAGGUGCCUCCGAGGAUGUUACCCGUGAAGAUAUACGCGAAGCUGUAGAAAAGCUAGGAGACUGGGAAAUAGCUUACAUUGAAUUUAGUAAGGGCGAAAAAAGUGGCAAUAUUCGUUUCAGUGGAGAGGGUAUAGCAGAAAAAUUUUUGGAAAAACUUGAAGACAAAAAGAUAAAAAUAAAGGACGCGGAACUUGAGCUACGCGCCUUAAGUGAGGACGAAGAGAAGAUUUAUUUGGCCAAAGCGGUGGAAGCUAUGAAAAAUCGACGUCAACUGAAUCAGAAAAACCGUAAACGCCGAUCCGGUGGGCAUCACGAUCGGAAUGAUGAGAAGAAACAAAAGAAAACUAACGAAUAGGGUUUAAAUUCUCAUCUUUUCAUCUGACAUUUCCCUAAUUUUAAAACAUUUUUAAUUUAGAUGUAUGCGUAAUCAUUACAUACAUAAACAUUAACUUAGUUUUGAUCGAUGUAUAUACGAGGCUCUCAAGUGCAACGUGUUAUUUUUAAAGUUGUGUACGAGUCACUAUUUUUUUGUGUUACUUGUGUUAAUAAAUGAAGUGCGAAUUUUUGGAUAAA